CUAAACCUCAAUUAUCGGAACCCGGUUGGGCUCGUUUCCAUCAAGGACACCACCAAGUACAACUUUAUCUUCAAAAUCCGGGAUGGGCGGGCGACUGGAGAACAGAUCAUUGGCAGAAACCAUUCGACGCUGAAAUGGUCACAUUAUUCAAACAUCACGAAAGCAAUACCUCGUUAG